GCACAACCCACGGUCGCGGCAGCAAGUUCUUUCACUGCAGUCAUUACACAUAUUUGAAGUUUUAAAGUUUCAACAUUUCUCUGCUGGAUCCGUAAAAAUAUGAAACUUGACAAUUUGAGUAGAUCGUAAAGAAUUUCGCAUGUUUGAAGGAAUCUUCAAAACCGGUGACAUUGUUGCCCCAGAAACUAUUUUGAUGUUCUUAAAGUAGUAUGUCUUUUUGUAAACAAACACUGAUAUGUCGAAUAUGUCGGGCUUCGUAGGUGUACAUGCAGGUGCUGGCGAUCACUCUGAUGAUGCUAGUUCAGCUUACAAAAAACUUUGCAGGGAUGCUUGUAGAAAGGGUGUGGAGGUCCUGAAACAGGGAGGCAGUGCUCUGGAAGCAGUGACAGCAACUACGUCAGUCUUAGAAGACUCUCCUCUAACCAAUGCUGGCUUUGGUUCCAAUUUAACGUGGGAUGGUUGUGUGGAGUGUGAUGCAUGUGUCAUGGAUGGCCAAAGUUUGACAUGGGGCGCCAUUGGUGCCGUACCAGGAGUGAAAAAUCCUGUCACUCUAGCAAAAAGCCUUUGCAUGAGGCAAAGUGGUUCAGGCCUUUCAAUGGGCCGAGUGCCUCCAUGUCUUCUUGUUGGAGAUGGAGCUCGCUUGUGGGCCGAAGAAGUGGGGAUACCCACCACGGAUCCGAAGUCUCUUGUGUCUGAAAGAUCAAGGAACAUAUACAACCACUACAAAAAGAAGCUGGCCAAAGUUCAGAAGAAAGAUAUAAAUACACUUAGCCCACUUGAUACAGUUGGUGCAGUUUGUGUGGAUGGGCAAGGACACGUGGCUGCUGCCAGUUCAAGUGGUGGCAUCAUCUUGAAACACUCCGGCAGGGUGGGUCAGGCUGCGAUGUUUGGUUGCGGCUGUUGGGCUCAAGAAGGCAAAAAUGGUCAAAGCUCUGUUGCCACAAGCACGUCAGGCUGUGGUGAGUACUUGAUCCGCACUAUGCUCGCAAAAGAAGCAGCAAUCGACCUUAUGACAGCAGACUGUGGCACCACUUGUCUUCAUGGAACUAUGGUCAAUAAAUUUUUAGAUUCACCCUUCUUAGCUGGAAUGCCUGUGCGUCUUGGCGGUGUGAUCUCAGUUAAAUGUGAAGAAGAUGGUAUGGGCGAGUUUCUAUGGUCACAUACAACACAAAGCUUUUGCAUUGGUUACAUGAGCUGUGAAGAUACCACCCCAAGGAGUCACUUGUCCAAACUUCCCCGUGGAAUGGCCCCCGGAACGAAGGCUGUUGUUGAGGGAGUAGGAUUCAGCUUAAAACGAGGAGAUCCCAGCAAUUCAUGAAACAAUCAUCAUCAUCUUAUGUUUUUUUCACAUUUCUAUUGACUUAAUAAACAAGAAACUCACGG